UCAACAAUAUUCAUCACAAUCACAAAUCAACCGCACUUGCAUUUCUGUUUCUAUUGGCUGAGCAUUAUUAGUACUACUUUUUCGUUUCCACUAUUUUCUCAACUUAAUUUCCUUCAACAUGUUUACCACCAUUGCUGUCCCUUCCGCCCAUAAAAAUCCCCAUCACCAUGAUAGUGAGGUGCUAAAAAGAAGAAAUGAGGAAUUAGAGAAGGAAUUAAAAAAGAGUAUUGAGAGAGAAGAAAAAAUGAGAGAGGAAUUGAAUAAGAUAUGGGAGAGGCUAAGGGUUGCUGAGGAAGCUGAGGAGCGGCUUUGCUCUCAGCUUGGUGAAUUUGAAGCUGAGGCUGUUGAUCAGGCUCGGACCUACCGAACCCGAAUAAUCAGUUUAAUGGAUCAGCUUUCCUUGGCCCAAAAACUUAUUCAAACAUCUUCAAUUACCCUUCCCAAUUCCCAAUGAUCUUUCUGAAAAUUUGGUGUUUUGGGUGUUUCUUCUUCAUUGAUUUUUUUUUCUUUUUCCGAUUGACAUAAAUAGUUUUUUUUUCGGUUGAUGUUUGAUACUAAUUUGGCUGUUGUGUGUUGGUGGCGGCCGGUUUAUUGCGGGGUUGGUUUUGUUUGAUUUAUGUAAAUGACGAGAGGAAAGAUUAGGAACUCAGAGUGGUGUAUGUGUUGACCUUUUGUUUCUGCCUUCAAGUUCUCUUUGGAGGUGUAAUGGAAAAUUUGUGUGUACAUUUAAAUUAA